GCUAGUGGUGCAGCUGGAACGCCAGUGGCUGCAUGAUGGGUGCGGAGGCCUCCGGGAGCGGGCCUGCCCUGCCGGAGCUCAUGCGCGAGGCCGAGACCAGUUUGCUCGAGUGCAAGGUGUGCUUUGAAAGGUUCGGCCAUCGCCAGCAGCGGCGUCCGCGCAACCUGCCCUGUGGCCACGUGGUCUGCCUGGCCUGCGUGGCUGCCUUGGCGCACCCGCGGACGCUUGCCCUCGAGUGCCCCUUCUGCCGGCGAGCCUGCCGGGGCUCCGACACUAGCGACUGCCUGCCGGUGCUGCACCUCCUGGAGCUGCUGGGCUCCACACUGCGCCAGGCCCCGGCCCCGCACCGCGUCCCCGCCUGCUGCUCUGGGACCCUUACCUGCCACCAAGCCUUUGGCGGCUGGGGAACCCUGGUUAACCCCACUGGGCUGGCGCUGUGUCCCAAGACAGGGCGGGUAGUAGUGGUGCACGACGGCAAAAGGCGGGUCAAGAUAUUUGAUUCCGGGGGAGGAUGUGCUCAUCAGUUUGGAGAGAAGGGGGACGCUGCCCAGGAAAUUAGGUACCCACUCGAUGUCGCCGUCACCAACGACUGCCAUGUGGUUGUUACCGAUGCCGGCGACCGCUCGAUCAAAGUGUUCGAUUUUUUUGGCCAGAUCAAAGUUGUCAUUGGAGGCCAGUUCUCCUUGCCUUGGGGUGUGGAGACCACCCCUCAGAAUGGGGUCGUGGUAACUGAUGCGGAAGCAGGAUCCCUGCACCUCUUGGAUGUGGACUUUCCAGAAGGGGUCCUCCGGAAAACAGAAAGGUUGCAAGCGCAUCUGCGCAGUCCCAGAGCGGUGGCAGUGUCUGGGCUCACUGGGGCCAUUGCAGUCCUAGAGCGCCCCCUGACGCUGGGGCCCGGGACCUGCAGCACCACAGUGAAGGUGUUCAGUGCAAGCAUGCAGCUCAUCGGCCAGGUGGAUACCUUUGGGCUGAGCCUCUUCUUCCCUUAUGAAAUAACUGCCUCUGCUGUGACCUUCGAUCACCAGGGGAAUGUGAUUGUCGCCGAUACCUCCAGUCAUGCGGUCCUGUGCUUAGGCAAACCCGAGGAGUUUCCAGUACUGAAGCCCAUCAUUACCCAUGGUCUUUCUCAUCCUGUGGCACUGACCUUCACCAAGGAGAAUUCUCUUCUUGUGCUGGACAGUGCAACCCAUUCUAUAAAAGUCUUUAGGGUUGACUGGGGAUGAUGGGCGUGGUGAGGGGCCUGGGGCUUGGAAUCAGAAACCCUGGAGCCGCCACUAAGGAAUUGUUUAGCCCUGGGUAAAUUAAUCUCAUCUAUCGAACAGGGGUCAAUAACUGCCUGGGCAAACCUACAAAGGUUGAGGUAAUUAUUAAAGAGAAAUAAUGAAAUCUGUUUAUUGAAUAGGUGCUCCCUGUGGUAAGAAAUUUGUAAGUAUUAGCUCCUUUAGUCCUUAACAACCACCCAAUAAGGUAAUUCUGUUAUUGAUUUCAUUUUAGAUAUGAGAAAACUGAGAUCCAGAGAGCUAAAGUGACUAACCCAAAGUAACACUUAUUGUGACAAUCACCACGAGGACUCAAUCUUGACUCCAAAAAACCUCUUUCUCUUAAAUAAGAUAAUGUGUGGGGGGAAAUAUGUGAAUGUAUAUUGUUGUCAUGUGUACACUAUUUACAAGUGGCCAUUUAUUUUAGUUGGAUGCACAAAGAUAGGAGACCUUGUUGAGGGUUCAAGAGAAAAGGGUUUGCAGUGUGCAGGGCAGAGGGGAGUAAAGAGGGGGAAGUGGGACAACCUGUAAUAGCAUAAUCAAAAAAUAUAUUUUUUAAAAAAGAGAAAAAGGGUUUUGUGGUGGACAUCAGUUUAGUUCAGCUUGCAGCUCCUCUGAGGGCUCUCUGGAUGGAGUUAUUGUGGAUUUUGAGUUACUUGCUAAGAAAAACAAUUGAACUGCUUACUCCGAAGGCAAACGUGUCCUUUAGUACCUGUAUCUCCCCCACUGUAUAGGCACUCAGGAAAUAGUGCUUGGUUGGUUGAGAAAGGCCUGUGUUGCUGUAAAUUCUAAACUACUGUAGAACACACAUUUAUACAAGUGUUAAAGGGCUGGAUGAUAAAGGGCUGGAUGAUAUUCCUGUUACAUGUUUAUGUUAACACAGAGAUAAGUCACCACAAUCAGUUUGUGGUAAAAAUGAUUUUGCUGGCCUUUUUACAAUCGGUAACCUGGAGCACUUUUGUGUUGGGGUUUUCCUCCAUGCAAUUUAAAUUUGUUCCAUGUGUUUGCAAACACUGUAUACUCAAUAAAUA